GGCUGUUGAUAUCAAUAUGGCGGUUGUCAGCCAGACAAAGACAGUCAGUCUGAUGUGAUUGAGACAAGGGAGGUUUUCAGGGGGAGACUGGGAGAUAGGGGCCUCCCCUCCCCCUCCUCCUCUUCCUGCGCGGACCUCAACCCCUCCCCAGUCCGCUCCCGACCGGCGCCCCACGCGGAAGACACCCCUCCCCCUCCCGCUUUCCCCUCCUCCCGGUCUCAGCCCUUCGUACUGGGACGUUGGGGAGGGGGCUGUGCCGCGCGGAGAGAACUCGGCAACGAUUCCGAGAAUGGUAAAUAACGCUGAUCAUCUCUAGAAAGGAUAUUGCUUCACCUCAUGUAAAGUAUGCUCAAUUCCCUCCCAGUGGUUUUGUUGGAAACCAUGUCUCACUAUACAGAUGAACCCAGAUUUACCAUAGAACAGAUAGAUCUGCUUCAGCGCCUUCGGCGUACUGGAAUGACUAAACAUGAAAUCCUCCAUGCCUUGGAAACUUUGGACCGUCUUGAUCAAGAGCAUAGUGACAAGUUUGGAAGAAGGUCCAGCUAUGGAGGAAGUUCAUAUGGGAAUAGUACCAACAAUGUUCCAGCAUCUUCCUCUACAGCUACAGCUUCCACACAGACCCAGCAUUCAGGAAUGUCCCCAUCGCCUAGCAACAGUUAUGAUACCUCCCCACAGCCUUGCACUACCAAUCAAAAUGGGAGGGAGAAUAACGAGCGAUUGUCCACAUCCAAUGGAAAGAUGUCACCGACUCGAUACCAUGUAAACAGCAUUGGUCAGAGGUCAUACAGUUUUGAAGCCUCAGAAGAGGACCUAGAUGUAGAUGAUAAAGUGGAGGAAUUAAUGAGGAGGGACAGCAGUGUGAUAAAAGAGGAAAUCAAAGCCUUUCUUGCCAAUCGGAGGAUUUCCCAAGCAGUUGUUGCACAGGUAACAGGUAUCAGUCAGAGCCGGAUCUCUCACUGGCUGUUGCAACAGGGAUCAGACCUGAGUGAGCAGAAGAAAAGGGCGUUUUACCGUUGGUAUCAACUGGAGAAGACAAACCCUGGGGCUACGCUAAGUAUGAGACCGGCCCCCAUUCCAAUAGAAGACCCAGAAUGGAGACAAACGCCUCCCCCAGUCUCUGCUACAUCAGGCACCUUCAGAUUACGGCGAGGGAGUCGAUUUACCUGGAGAAAGGAGUGCCUCGCUGUCAUGGAAAGUUACUUCAAUGAGAACCAAUAUCCAGAUGAAGCAAAGAGAGAAGAAAUUGCGAACGCUUGCAAUGCAGUUAUACAGAAGCCAGGCAAAAAGCUGUCAGACCUGGAGCGAGUUACCUCCCUGAAAGUGUAUAAUUGGUUUGCCAACAGGCGGAAGGAGAUCAAGAGGAGAGCCAAUAUCGAAGCAGCAAUCCUGGAGAGUCAUGGGAUAGAUGUACAGAGUCCAGGGGGCCAUUCCAACAGUGACGAUGUCGACGGCAAUGACUACUCAGAACAGGAUACUUGGCAAGUACGCAAUGGGGAGGAGGAGGAGGGAAGAAGUUCAGAGGGAGUCAGAGAAGCAGAGAAGGAUGACAGCACUAGCCAUAGUGACCACCAGGACCCCAUCUCACUAGCUGUGGAAAUGGCAGCCGUCAACCACACGAUCUUGGCAUUGGCCCGACAAGGAGCCAACGAAAUCAAGACAGAGGCCCUGGAUGACGACUGACUGGGGAGGGCGACCGUGAGAGUAACUUAGUUUAGACGUAGCACCUUAGCAGACUUUCCUCGGUCCUUAACACGUGUUCUCACAGUAUAACUUGCAGUUUCUUGUAUGUCAGUUAGCCGUUAGGGUCUUCUUGUUCUGUGAAGAUGGCAUGGUGCCCUCAGCCUUUGCAUAUACUCUCUCAGUAUUAAUUCCCAGUAAAUAAUAAGCAACCAACCAACCACACUUCCCUCUCCUGGCCCCAAGGCUAGAAAUUUCGCUGCUCCGUCUUAGCAUUCCAAGAAAGUGCUUCCAGGUAUUUCGAUAGCCCUCCGGGCCUCAGACACUAGGCUACAUGCAAACCGCGGGUGCCGUAGAUCCCUGUCCCACCGUCUGUCCCCCUUCCCUCCUCGGCUGAUAGGAUGCAGGCUGAGGCAGUGUGGCCCGGGACUGACGGCCCAGGUGGGGAGUGUCCACAGUGAAAGGAGCACUAGAGUCCCACCUCACGGUGGGGGUCCCUGAUUUCUAGCUUCAACAAGCCGUGCCUCACAACAGUCACCCUGGGGCUGGCAAUGCCUGUCCGGGCUGUGCUGGGCCUGCAGCGGGAGAGCCCCAGCUCAGAUUGAGGUGAUGGUAACAUGCCUGACAGACAUCCAGUCCUCUCACAGCUGUGUGACUCAGUAGAUAAAAUACUGCCUUCUGCCUUUGGGACCAUGAUUAAAACAAACAAAAAAAGACAAAAAUAGAAGUCACUUAAAAACACCCCCAGCUUGAGAGGCCCUGGGAAGCAACAUGAGCUGAAUGUGUGUGGAGGCCACGUCCAGCUCAGAACCACUGUCUGUCAGGCGUGGCACGGCCUCGCCUGUCUGGAAAGUGCCGGAGUCGUCAGGAGCUGCUUUGCCUCCUGUGUCCCCUUCCCUGCCGCCAAAAAAGUCUUUCAAGGACGAAGCUAAGGUCAAAAAUGAGUGAACAAACUUCCAGGCUUUGUGUCCAGCACCUGGAGCCCCCUCGAUGUGAGGGGUUUAGAGGACUUUACGGUGGGUGUUGCUGACUGACUUUCACAGACGCUAACUUCCCGACACAGGAGCAGGAAAAACAGGACGUUUGCCGCUUAGGCGGUGGGUCUGCGUGACAUGACGGGUGUGACUGCUUUGGUGUUCUCUUUACUCUGUCCUUGGAGCCGUGUGAAAAGCUGUAUUGCUACAGGCAAUUUAUUUAAUAAUUGGAAGCCAUAUUGAUAAUGGAUGUGGUAAUAUUUGUAAAGUUUAAUCUUCUUUAAGCAGCAGUAACCUAAUGGAAUUUUUUUCCUUGAUCACAUAUGUAGCACUUUUGUUACUUCUUAAAGAUAUUUAUAUUUGAUAAAUCUUUUUUUCAUUUUGAGAACUCAAAAUACCAAACAGUGAACUUGGCGUUAUAAAGUCACCCUGUGAUCACCUUGUCAUCUAGUAGCAAAAAUGAUGAACUAUUCAUGCAUCGAAGAAAAUUACAUCUGCUGGCCCUGUAUGAAAAUGAUCUCUCAGCAUCCCGAUUAAAUGACACACUGUCACUGCGGUAAGGAAACGGCCCUCCCCUCGGGUGUCAGCGGAGGGCAUGUCUGAGAGGGGCAGCGCCGGCUGCUCUCGCCUGGUCCACCUCUCCUUCCUGCGGACAAUGGGGCCUGUGUAAGGGGACUGUGGGACCUUUUGUCCAUUACCUGAAAACGACUUCUAAGAUAAAAGAAGGUGCCAUUUCCUUACCCCCCCCCCCCCCCCGCAAAUGUAUUCAACUUAAAACCAUUGAGAGAGUGAGACUUACUGACCGACCUUUUUCUCUUUCUCGUUAGCGAGAUACUGCAUGUCCGCCAGUCUUUCGCUGGUCUAACUCCACUGUAGGCACGUGCUGACGCCACCAGCUCUUGUCUGUGAGCCCCGCUUACGUCAGUGUGAGCCAGCCUCUGUGCGGGCGUCACAGUGCCACUGUGUGGGUCUGUGACUUAAGGAGCUGUCAACAGGGCCUGGCCUGCUCUUGUCCGUGGAUUUCAGGGGGAAAUGUAUAUACUUUUUCACUUCCAAGAAUUGAAGUAGAAUGGAGUAGCCUUUUCUGUUUUACUGUGUUACUUGAACCAACAGAUUGAAGAGUAGCAUUUGUUAUUCUCAGGAAUGAUCCCCCCUCGUUUUCUUCUUGCUGUGUUUGACUUUUCGUUUGGAUUAGGAGAUUGUGUUAUCUUUCUUUCCUUUUGUAUGACUUAGAAGAACUAUAACUUGUAUCUUUCCAUUUCUGUGGAAUUUUGUUGGCUUAUUCUAGGCUGAAUCAGAAAAAAAGUGGGGGGGGGGGUGGGAAAUACACUGUCUGACAAGCCACAUCCAUGACUGAUUAUUGUAAGGAUAUUAUUAUCAUUGAUCGCUUCCUUAUGAUGGGAUUGCUCGUCUUGUAUCGUUAGUUAGUUCUUGCUGGUCUUUUUAAGGAAACAGACUCGAACUGUUAAGACAACUUCAGUUUCUAAAGAACUACAGUGAUUGCCAGAAAGGAGCUGAAAGGUUUCAUUGUUUGAAGACCUUUAAGGAAGGGGGAAAGACAAAGAAGAAAGAAAGGAGAGUGAGUAUCCAGAGGCAGUGCCGCCCUGUCUGGGAUCUGGCGAAGGAAGGACUGUGCCCCCACUGUGGGCGCCAUCGGGCAGACUCCAUGGGAGCGGGAGGGCUGCUGGCUGGCUCUUACCCUGCCUUACGUGCUCGUGCUCCUCACCAGGAGUAGACGUUUAGUUCUCUGGGGCCUAUUGUUUUUUUUGUUUGUUACCAGGUUCGGUUCCACUCUCUUGUCCAAGUUACCUUAGUUAUUAUAAUGGCAUAUGGAGUUGCCACUAAUUUGUAAUAUUUUUGGAUGGUAAUACUUUUUCUGAAGUUUUUUUUUAGGUUUGAGAUGUGAUAUUAAAGUAGAAACCCUAAACUGAAGGGAAUAGCUGGGCUCUUAAAGAACCCCCUGCUGUUCCCGUGCUCAUCCCGUCUCUCUCCUCUCCCUUCAUGGUGGGCCUUCUCCAGGGCUAAUCUCUCUGUGUGAGGAAGAUCAGAAGGCAGGGGGCGGGGGGCUUGCCCAGUUCAUGUAACUUGUCUGUGUUAUUGUUUUAAGACUUCAUCAAAUUACUGUGGUCACAUGGAUACACGUCCUUCCUAAAACAGAGCCUUACAAAGGGACCUUUUAACGAUGGACCAUCCUAAUGAGAUUGCCUCUCCGUCAAUAACUCUGAUGUUCUGUGACGGCCAGGGAGAACAUCCAGUCCACUCUUACCUGAGACGGCUAGUGCAGCGAGGACCAAAUAGCGUCUUGGGGCAGAGGAGUGUGGUCACCGUCCACCUGCCUGUGGAAUCUGGUUCCUGCACAUUGCCACUAGUGGGACCGCCCUGCCGCCACAUUCCCAUACCCGUUCGCAGAAAGGAAGGCCUGGAGCGGGAAGACCCUGAAGGGCACCUUUACUCAGCUCCGUAGAGGUGACCCCCGAAAAAGAUGUGGAUGAGGAAAAGCUCAUACACAUGACGUGUGCAGACCAGGACUCCAGUCGGGUGGACGGCAGGCGGACCAGGCAUCCAGGUCAUUUUACCUCAGAGGGGACGAUUCGUUUCUGCGUUUGGCCUUUGUCUCUCUAAAUUUCUCUUGGAUCCCAACCUUCAGGCAUCAGGUGUAACUACUCUCCUUUCAUCAGGACCUCCGGUCACAUCCUUUCGUCUGAAAGCAGCUCUUCCGUUGCCUCAGCUCCAGCACGGAGCUUCAUCGCGGGCUUCCUGGCUGGAGCUGGUUUCCAGGGCAGGAGUGCGGCGCAUCUCCAUACGACACUCCUCCUGCCUCUCAGCCCAUUUUUUUUUGACCAGCUACAUUCUCUCUGCCCAUAACAGUGGAAAUAAUCCAUUUUUUCAUAAAUAAUCUCCCACUCCUGUCCUAAAAAUGUGAACUUCAAGUCCUUUCUCUUUGUUCUGAAAGGUUUGGUAAGAAGCACUCUUCCCAUUUAGCUCAUGUCUCUACCCCGCCCCUCCCCUUAUUUUUUACAGAAGACCACCAGAGUAUUUUUCCCCAGUGAGUCUCACAGAUUCUUAGGCAAUAAUUGUCUUGUUGGUGAUCUGUGCUUGGCAGCACGUCCACCGAGUAGCUCUGACCCUCUGCUGUGUGUUGGUUUUCCGUGUUACUCUUGCCUGUGAUUUAAGUCUCAUGUCAUUUUGUUGUUGUUGUAUUAGUGACGUUUCACUACUGCAUUCGUCAGGGCUGCGCUGAGCUCAGCCAGAUCCACGGAUAGCUUUACUGAGCCGGCUCUGUCGGGAUUUCCCACAUGGACGCCGGGCAUGUUGGCCAGUUCCUACUGGUGGUGUCCUUGUGGGUGUCGGGGUGCUGCAGGAGUGGCUUGCGGGUGGAAUUACGCAUGUGAUACAUUCCUUGCUGUGUGCUCGCUAAAUAUAAAUAGCAGGGAUGCUUUCUCAGGAUUUGGGGAUCGGUUGUCAGCCAUAUUGAAUUUGGCAAACUGAGCUGCAUGCCCUGAAACCCUUUACUGUCCCUUCAUUUCCAGGGUCUAAUUUAUGUCACCUCGUCAGGCUUGAGUUACCUCGGGGGAAGGUACUGCACCUAAGGAGAACGGAAGGUCUUCCUGGGAGGCAGCCAUGCCUGGCCAGGUGUCCAGGGAGGGCCUCCCAGGCAGGGCACGCAGGGCAGGGCCCUUCUCUGUGCUGCGCGCUCCUUACAAGGAGAGAUUUCCUUACCACUCUCGGGGGAACUGGGGAGGUGGGAAAGGCUUUCUAGUCAUUGAGCAUAGGAAGCCAUUUGCCGGAUACUGAAGCUCCUCUUGCCGCAGGUUGUGCUGGGAAAGGCUGCUCUCAGUUCUCUCUCCCAGCUGAGGCCGAGGUUGGCUCACUGACCUCUGGGCACAGCUUCGUUCAUGUCUGUGCACAUUCAAAAGCUAGAGAACUGAGAAGUUUCCACAUCAGCACCUUUCCUCUUUCUUGGUGGGGAAGAGAAGUAGCAGCAAAAAGAAAGCGAAGGACGUGAGAAACCCAGUUUCCUGUAACAUUGGUUUUCUUUUGUGAGCAAGAAGGGGAGGAACAGGGAAGAGAAGGAAAAUCCCCUUCUUACCGCCACCCUCGGGGUCCCAGACGUGCAUGUCCCUGGACUCCUUUCCAUCAUUCCUCCUGUGGCAUUGGGGCCAGCCGUGAGCAGAACUAAAUCUAGCUGAUUCCACUGAAGUGAGAGCUAACUGGCACUUUUCACACCAGAGUUUACACACAUUUCACACCUCGUCUCAUUAGCCAGCUCCCUGAGAACAAGGGGAAGGAGUCCUCUGCGGGCGCUUUGCCUUUCUCUCCCAACACGUCACUUUGGCUUGGCAAGUUCUUGGAUCAGUUUGCCCACUGUUGUCCCCUCCGGUGGGUGUCUGUGCCCACGGCAUUGCCUGCGUGGGGCAGCAGCCAAGGGCACAGUCACCACCUGCCACACGCUGGCCGAGCAGGGCCUGUGCACACAGCUCGGCAGGCUUCGUGCAUCUUAGGAUGCCGGCUGCAUUUCCAUUCUCUCCCUUUAAAAUAAAAGUGGCUGUACAGCCAUAAUUAACUCUCAGAUCCACAUUGGUGUGCUGUGAUCAAACGAAGGUUUGCCUGAAUCCUUUCAACUUGUAACCAUGGUAAUUGAGGGGGUGGCACAGAAUGAGUAUAUAAAAAUAUGAUGACAAUUGUUCUGAAUGACUGAGUGUCCUCCUGACUGUAAUUAGCUGCCUUAGCGAGAUGUGGAUUGGCAUGGUCAUAAUUAAAAGGGUUUCUGUCCUCCGUGCGAUUGAAAGUGGCAGCUCCCCCACCCUGUUCCCUUCAGCACGAUGCUCCCCAGAACAUUGGGAACCGCAGCUCAGUAAACGAAGUAAUGACAGGGUGUCUGUGUCCUCUCUGAAGUGAGAGAGAAGGAUUUAGAGAUAUUUCAGCUUCAAAAUGGAAGCCUUUGGUCAUGGUUCCCCAUUUGAUUCUAAGUCUCUGAAGCCUGCCCCUCGCAUCAGUCCCAGCCUGCCCACGGCCGUUUGUCAGAAUCCCAAUUGAGUCGGCCAUCGACAGGCCCUCCGGUCCCUCCGUCCCACUUGCCAGCGUCUGCUGCUGGCCUGACCCCAGCCAUUUAUUGCUUCACCAGCCCCCUAGGAUUUUAAAAAUGUCCUUGUUACUUGAUACUUCCAUUGCCAUCUCCAUCAGAAAGUCAUUAUCAAAUAGGCAUUCACAUGAGCUAAAUAGGGUUUUCCUCAUUGAAUCACAUGACACAGACACAUAAGGAGCUAACAUACAUGGGCUUUAAACAGCUGUGAGGCAUGAAUGGAAUCCUGAUAUGUGCGAUGUCCCGAAGUUACUGGAGCAAAAGGACAUGCAUGAGUUCCACCAGGCGUCCCCCGUCGCGCUUGCACAGGUUAACCAAGCGCUGUCAGCGGCCCGCGGCCCAUCGGGUGGUCCUGACGCUGCACACAGUCCCCUGCCCAACGCUGCCCACUGUUCACACCCGAGGCCUCCCCCUGGGCGGGAGCUGCAGGUCGCGACCCAGCCUUUCUCUAGAGUCUGCUUCCUUUGGCCUCUCCCUCGCCGGCAGAGUCUACUCAGUGCAUGAUCAAGAGCAAGUCCACACAAAAGCCCCUUGACAAGCUGGUCACCCCAGCAGGGCGGGGCCUGCCUGGCCAGCACACUAAACAGACCAGCCCUUGCUUUUGUUCACAAAGGCUGCUCAUCCUCAUGCAGCCUUUCCCCCUCUGCACAUACCAGAAGGAAUCCUAACCCAGUGCUGGUUACUCCAGUUUCGUGAAAUGCUGAGGUUGGCUGCAACCCAGACCCCCACUCACACACACACAGCAUUUGGAAAAAAGUUCUGCCUUUGGGGCUUUAAAAUUUUUGUUCCCUUCGAAAUACCUAAAGUCACAUGUAUAGUUGGGCUAGAUCAGGCAAAGCAAUGCCAUACAAGGUUUUUACUCAUUGCUUCUCCCCUGUGAGAUCUAAACAUGGCUGUCAACCCCACCCGACACAGCACGUGUGAAGUCACUGAGACUUUUCAGUGGGAUUUGUCCAUCUUCUACAGUUGGGAAGAUUGUGGGUAUAUGACCCCAAAAAGUAUCCCAUCCCUCCUCUCUUUUCCCAGCUCCUGAAAGAUAACUCGCUAUUAGAUUACAAGAAACUAGAGUAGAGAUGCUGCCUUCUAGAUGGAAACACUAGCAGAGACAUGCAGCCCCCAGAGCCCUGGGCGCCCCUGACGACAGCAGCAUUUCCUGAGCGCGCACUGUGCCGGGCACGGCGUGAGGGCUUCCGCUGCCUCACUGAGCCUCGGGCCCUGCCCUGAGCUGGACCCCUUCGUGGAGUCCAGUCCAGUAAAAUCUCCGGGUGUUUCCUCCAUCUUAGUAGGUGGUAUCAGGGAGUGUGCUGCAGUGCUCUGCGUCAGUCCCUGCCUUUGACCUGUUCCAUUUUCUCAUGGGACAGCUCUGGGCAGUCCUCCAGCACCACGGCAUCGGCAUCCUUCUGUGCACUUGGUUCCCUCGGACUCCAGACUGUGUCACCCGAUGAUCUAGACACCGAGCAGGGCAGCAGGAGCGCAGAGCCCUGGGCUGUGCGUCUCCAGGGCGGGGUGGAGGUGUUGCCUGUCACUGGGAGGAAUGUCACAGCUGUCUUAGAGCCCCAGUUCCAAGGGGCUGGGGUUCUCGAGCUCUCCUGGGGGUAGCUCCAGUUAAGUGAUGCAAGGAAAUAUUGAUCUCUCACACCACCCCGUUUUCUCUGCUCAACUCUUCUCGCGUUUCGGACAGCCUGGCACCUGUCGGCAGCCUGCUUGUUUAACGGGGUCUUGCUAAGCCGUUCCACCUUAUUCUGCCGUCCCGUUUGUCACCGUCCAGAGGGCCUGGGCCAGUGCUUGUGUGGACUGGAGGCCCUGCAAUCCCAGUGUCCCCAUGUCCGCCGGACCCUGGCUCCCUGGGGUCCUCGUGAGCUUGAGUGGCCCGCAAAGCCGCACCCAGCGAAGGGGCCGGCCGCCCAGGGUCUGUGUGGUGGUUCGGCGACUGUUUUCAGGGACAUGGCGCCAAGCUCACUGAGGACUCCCUAACUGAAAGUCCAUGUUCCCCUCCUCCCUCCCCAACUCUUUUCCUCUCAAAAAUAAGUCUUUCUCCAGGGCUGGUCUGUCUCUUCUGAUCUGCUCUGUCCUAGGCGUCCAUUAAGCCCAAGAGCGUGGAAACCACCCAGGAGCAAGGCCCCAGGGGAGUGGCCUGUGGGAGGUCCCCAGGUCCCCAGGUCAGCUCGGGGGCUGAUGGUCCCUGUAACAGGGACCUUGUUUCUUUGGUUGUCAACACAAGGGGAGGAAGGCAGCCACACCUGCCAUUUAGGUAUCAAUCCAGAUUGGCAUCUUUGGUGGCAUUUGGGCACCACUGACAUGUUGGUGAGACACUGACUCCUCCCUCCGAAGGAGCACAUGGCUCACCAGCCGGACAGACCCAGAACCAGGCUUCCGUUAGCUUCUGCUGCUUCCAUCACUUCCAGGCCCAGCUCCGGCCUCAGUCCUGUUUUCUGGCUUCCUGGGAGCACAGCAGCCUCGCCCACUUUGUUUCUUUACUGGAACCAGGAGCCUGGCGUGAACUAGUGAGGGUCGUUUUCCCACUCGGUCAUACACUGCAGCUGUUCAGCUGGAAGCAGGGCCUUAGUGCCGCAGUGUGCACAGCAGCCACUCUGGUGACGUGACACCACUGGCUUUCAUGCCAGGGCCCUGGAGGGUGGGCGGCUCAGACAUGAGAGGGGAUGGACCAGGGCGAGCGCGCAGCUGUUGGUUAUCUGCCGUGAAACCACACCUCAGUCUGUUAGUGAACCCCUUAGCGCCGCGUCUGAAAGGGGCUCCGCGAACCAAAACCAAAGUUCCGGGCCGCGGGCUCUUCGCUGUUCGCUGGUUUUGCAAAACACUCCUCUCGGAAGGGCCUCUUCUUUCCUGGUCUUUCUUCCCCUUGACAGAGAGCACAUCCGUGCAGCACGCACCUCCCCCAGCCCCGCAGCCCGGCGCUGGGCUGCAGAACUCCGAGAGAAAGAAAGGCCACGCCAGCCCAGCCCAGCCCAGACUCCCCCAGGCUGCCAGGCGGACACCGUCCCUGCCAGAUGCCAAGAACAUCCCUGUUGCCUCCCCUGGAAGAGCCCACAGCCUUCUCUGACUCCCCACGGGCUCCCCUCCAUUCCUUGGCCACGGCCACGGUAUGUGGUACCUUCUGAGCAUGAAGUUCUCUCUGAUUUAAGUGCCUAAGCAAGUUACGGACCUCUGGGACCUGCCGGAGGGUCUCAGUGCCCCGCCCCGCCCUCCCCACCUGCACUUCGUCCUCCAGGGAAGGCGUGCUGGCUGCCGUCCAGGGUCCCGGCCUCUGCAGGCAGAACAGCUUGCAAGGGCCCGCGUGGGGCCACCGCGCACCCCAUCGGGCGGGCCUGUCACUCCUGUGCUGCUGCUUCAGGGUGUUUCUGUCGAUGGGGUCAUGGUCUUGGUUCAGAGCGAAUGUUGGGGGCCUGCUUAGCAAGGUCUGCAGCUACUGAGUGAAGAAGGUGGGGGAGCAGCAGCUGUCUGUCAGAGUCACGUGAUGAUGGCUCCAGACACGAUGACUCACUUGCCACCAUUAGGACUGGGACCCUGGCGCCCCAUCCUCUCCUCCUAGACUCAAGGUUCAGAAGAGCCGCGCACAGGGCUCAGGGAGGACUGCACCUGCGGGAAGGGGAUCAGAAGCGCGUCUUGAAAGUGAGUGUGAGAUUCAGUGUUUGCUUCUUUUCUCAGUCUGACCUGCGCCCGGGCCUUUAUUCCUCGGUGGGCGCACGAGAUUGUCCUGUGACCCCUGGCUGUUCAUACUGGGCACUAAGCAACGCUCACAUGGCUUGUUGGUGUGUUAGAAGGUUUUGCAAACUGGAACAAUCCAUAGCCAGGCACUUUAUUUUCAUUAAUAAUCCAACAUUUUUGUUCAGACAAUAUAACAUCCCAACCCCUGGGCAUCACUUCACACGCAGGGGACCCUUUGCCCGAGGGAUUCUUCCGCGUCGGGUGGAGGAGGGCGGCCGAUGGAUGAAAGUGAUGAACGGGGGCUGUUGCCUCGGUGACGUGGCAGUAAGGCCUUCCUGGAGGCCACCAGCCUGGAUGCCAGUCGCCGCCCCUCAGCUCUCCAGAUGCUAUUUUUACAGGUUCUACUGAGUGCUUGUCAAUUACCCGGGUUGUAAUUGAGAGAGAGAUGAAUGUAGGGAGAGUGCAGCGAGCGGGGGAACAACAGAGCAAUGCAAUUAGAGGCAGGAAGAGGCCCGGGUUCCUUCCACUUAACUGGCCUUGAACUCUGCAGCGAGCCGGGUGCUGGGGAGUGAUUCCUGGCGGAGUGAUGUGCAGGCCGUCGUACCGGCGCUGUAGGUGGGAAGUAGCUGGCACCGCGCGUGAGAGACAGAAAGCGAGCUUGGCCUCCAAUGUGACCCGACACCGCGGGCCAGACCCUUGGGCUGCCUGGGAGUCCUUAGCAUCCACCAAAUACUCGCGUGUCUGCAGGGAUGUCCAAGCCUC